AGGCGAGGCGAGGCCGCGCCGCCCGCCGCUCCUGCCCAGCGGUGCGCUGCCGCGCCGCCCGCCCCCCCGGGCGGUUUCAGCGCCUGGAGGCAAGCCCCGUCCCCUGCCCGCCGCCGAGGCCGAGGGGCGCCGGCGGGCGGCGGGGCUGGCGCGGGGGCGCCCGUUGCUCGGCGCUCAGCGCAGGCAGCGCCCCGGCCGCCCGCGCCUCCGCCGGGGGGCGGCUCCGCGCGCGCUGCCGGGCCUCGCCGCCAUCUUGGCCGCUGCCCCGGGAGCGGGACGGGCCGCACAGGGCCGGGGGAGGAGGCAGACUACAGUAUGGGAGAGGAAAACCUAUUCUGCAAGAAAAGCACAAGCAAAUUAAAUUACUCUUGCAAGAGAAAAUGAUCCACAGCCUGUUUCUUAUAAACUGUUCUGGUGAUAUAUUCUUGGAGAAGCACUGGAAGAGUGUUGUGAGCCAAUCUGUGUGUGAUUAUUUCUUUGAAGCUCAGGAGAAAGCAAUCGAUGUUGAGAAUGUGCCUCCUGUCAUCUCAACGCCACAUCACUACCUCAUCAGCAUCUAUCGGGAUAAAAUCUUCUUUGUGUCUGUCAUACAGACAGAAGUGCCACCACUCUUUGUAAUUGAAUUUCUGCACCGAGUAGCAGAUACUUUCCAGGAUUACUUCGGCGAAUGUUCUGAGACUGCAAUUAAGGACAAUGUAGUUAUUGUGUAUGAACUUCUAGAAGAAAUGUUAGACAAUGGUUUUCCACUGGCGACAGAAUCUAACAUAUUGAAGGAGCUGAUUAAGCCUCCUACAAUUUUGCGCUCCGUUGUCAACUCCAUCACAGGCAGUAGUAAUGUGGGUGACACACUUCCCACUGGACAGUUGUCCAACAUUCCUUGGCGCAGAGCAGGGGUAAAAUACACAAACAACGAAGCCUAUUUUGAUGUCAUUGAAGAAAUUGAUGCGAUUAUAGACAAAUCAGGUUCUACUGUCUUUGCAGAAAUCCAAGGUGUUAUUGAUUCGUGUAUUAAGCUCUCAGGAAUGCCAGAUCUUUCUCUUUCUUUCAUGAACCCACGGCUGCUGGAUGACGUCAGCUUCCAUCCAUGUAUUCGGUUCAAACGCUGGGAGUCUGAGAGAGUCCUUUCGUUUAUUCCUCCUGAUGGGAAUUUCAGAUUGAUCUCCUACCGUGUCAGUUCACAGAACUUGGUGGCAAUUCCCGUAUAUGUGAAACACAUGAUCAGUUUUAAGGAAAAUAGUUCUUCGGGAAGAUUUGAUGUUACCAUUGGACCAAAACAGAAUAUGGGGAAAACAGUAGAAGGAGUUGUCAUGACAGUUCACAUGCCAAAGGCCGUACUUAAUAUGAACCUCACUGCUACGCAAGGCAGCUAUACAUUUGACCCAGUUACUAAAGUGUUAACAUGGGAUGUUGGCAAAAUUACCCCUCAAAAGCUACCAAACCUGAAGGGCAUAGUGAACCUGCAGUCUGGAGCCCCCAAGCCAGAGGAGAAUCCAAGUUUAAACAUCCAGUUUAAGAUACAACAGCUUGCAAUUUCAGGACUGAAAGUGAAUCGCCUAGACAUGUAUGGAGAAAAAUACAAGCCUUUUAAAGGUGUCAAAUAUAUUACAAAAGCAGGAAAAUUCCAAGUCAGGACAUGAGAAGAUGCUCUACUUGCAAGAGGAAAUUCCCCUUAAAAAAAACUUGACUGCUUAGUGACUUAUGUUGCUAUUAAUUAGGUGCCAAUUAAUUAAUAGACACUGAUUAGUUUGGGAUCAAAGCAUUUGUGCACAGCAGCUCUUAAAAUGAAAGCAUAGCUUAGUCUUUCUUAAUACAGCUUUAAAAUAAGGUACUUUUUUUCUAAUACACCUUCACUCUUUUUUUACUGAAUUGUUGCGCUGGUGAAUAGUUUGAUAUAGGUGAUCCACAGAAUGUCUCAAACACUACACUGCCAGUCGGAUACCAAAGCCCAGAGGCCAAGCACAUCAUGAAGGCCAGCCAGGCCACUGGAAGAAUCUUGUGGUGGCACGUUUUGCUGCUGCAGCCGCCUGCAAAGAAAGCUCAGCUAUUCUCACAGCCAGCUGCAAACUGGUAUUCCACAAAGCAUCAUGUAAUCCCUUCAGAAAUAGAAAGCAGCAGUGAGAGGGGCAGGGGUCCCACAGGGGCCUGGGACAUAGCAAGUGUCACUCCUGAGAAAGAGCUGAUGAAGAAAAAAGUAAUUUCCUUGUUUACAAGAAAUCGCCUUUCUUAAGAAGCAUUUGCCUUAAUCAGCUUUCAUUUGUGCCAUCUGCAGAUGAGCUGAUAAAAAUAACAUUCUGCAUUAAAUCUGGGAGGUGAUUGUUGCUUCAGUAAUCCACUUUCUUUCCAUUCAAUCUCAUCAUUGCCAUCAUGUUUUUUUAAGAAUACAGUUGCAGAGAGUAAGAUCUAUUUUUUAUGUGAAGCCUUUGCUUUGAUUUAAAUGUUCCACUUGUUCGAAGUGGAUGCCACCAGAUUUGUGCCAUGUGUACAUUGGAGCGUAGCUUUUUAGAUAGCACAAUAGAAGUGUCAAGUGUAUUUAAUGGUUGUGUGCUUUAAUGUUAUGAAAUAAAAGGGAACUCUACUGCAAA